AUGGGUACAUGCAGGUGGUCGGGAAAAGCACCGCUGCAUUGGACAUCGAGGUCGAAUUGGGCCGGGGACUCAGAGCCCGGGAUAAAAACAGGCGCUAUGGGGACACCGGACAUUCUGAACUUUGGCGGAAAACGCCUGGACGAGUUAUACAACACGACUGGGAGUAGAGACGCCGUAUUCGCCUAUCUUCAGUCUGUUAUUGACAACUAUGCCACGCUCAAUCCACGAAUCAGCGACGCGACAAAGGAGCAGCUUGAGAUUAUCAAAGAUCAGAUUGAGCUUCUCAGCCUCCCCAGUGGGGCUGAGUAUAUGGGCGCAGACAUGGACCCUGACCCGCAACAUAUCCGCCGCGAGCUAGACCCAGUGUGGCCUGCCACAAAGGGGAAACCGUCGGACAAGGAACGUAAAGGGUAUUCCAUGUUCAAGGUGCUGGCAAACGCGGGGCACAGUUGGGCUGUGUACACCGGUGAUGAUAAACGCCGGUACUGGAAUCAGUACGACCUUUUGGGUCUGUUCUUGUCCAAGAUGGGCCCGGCUCCGGGGGGCUCGGUCGCCGAUCAGAGCAAUUUUUACCUCCCCCUCACGGCCGUUUACGCCAAAUUCUGCCUCUGGAUUGGUGGCAAACAGAUACCUACCAUGAAGGGUGCUGAGAAACAGAGCAAGAAAGGGACCGGGACCGGCGACCCUCCCGCUUGCUUUCAAUGUACGUGGAAUAGCGAUACCGGUGACUUCUUUCUUGGGGCUAGCCUCGCCGGGAUUCGCGUUACUGGGUCGACAAAACCAUAUGGCGCGUGGGAGAACAAGGUGAUGGAAGCGAGAUGGAACCUGUUGAACAACAACUUCUUCGAAUUCCCUGGCGACUGGGGCCCAUUUCAGGAGAAGAAAAGCCCUGUCAUAUCGUACCAAGGGAAGACAACCUUGUUCGGCAAUUGCGGCGAGACGUAUCCUUUCUUGGAGAUAAUUAGCCCUCACGUCACAGAUGACAAGGUCAGAGCCCAAACCCGCGGGCUUGCUCUUGGUAAAAGCUUUGCGGGGGUUGCUGAGUACAACGAGGACAGUUUCGCCCCCAUGCUCAUCCCCCCUUGCCUGAACUGCCAGUUGCUGUUGCUUUUUGCUGGAAUCUCAGACGUGACGCACUUCACCCUGAACUCCAGGAUGAAGACCCCCCUUUUUCCGACACCAGUGGCUGGCUACUGGGAGCCGGACAGCGAGAAUUGA